AUGGAUGAAGCAAGAUCUGAACAAGCUACAUCCAUGACUGAAUUUCAUUGGCUAGGGCAUAAAUUUCCAAUAUCAAAUGCCAAAACUCGCGUUUCCAUUUUGAAAGGUGUUGUAUUAGGGCAACUUACCGUUGAACGCAACCAACUGUUUGUUAGUAUUGCAAAGAGUGAAAAUUGUGCUAUAAAAAUAACAUGGAGCCUACAAAAGGUGAUUAGGGGAAUUUUAUUAACUUUGGCAAAGUUUCAGUCUGAAAUCACCAAAUACAAUUACGGGCGUUUUAGUAAUCCUGAAAUUCCUGAUUUUAAUGAGGAAGUUGGUGUAACCAUUAUCGCAACUAUCAUUGGUUUUGAUAUGGAUGAUGGUUGGUAUUCAUUUUAUUGCCGUGAUUGUUCUAAAAAAUUUACUAAAAAUGAUGAUGAUGUUGAUGCUGGCCCUUUUCACUGUGAUGGUUGUGGAUUUGUCUUGGAUGUAUUUGGAAAGAUUAGGAUAGUAGUUCAUGUGCAAGAUGAAAGUGACUCUUCUUCGUUUGUAUUGUUUGAGCAUCAUGAUCAAGGGCGACAACAGAUACCUGAUGAGUUCAAAAUUCUUCUAAAUAAGAAAUUUGUCUUCAAAGUUCAGAUUUCCAUGUUCAAUCUGCAGAACAACUAUCGUGCUUACACCGUGCAUAAGUUAACCGAUGAUGAAAGGGUUCUUGAUGAGGUGACAAAACGGUCACCAAAUCAUCAACAUCAUAAUAUAAAUGAUAAUGAUACUCCUAUUAACAAGCCAAAUAAGGAAAAUACUAAUUCUGUGCAUGAUGACAAUCUUGAUGUUGUUGACCUUGAAGUUGUAACACCAUCAUCGAGUACGGGGAAGCGCCCUAUUGAGAUUGAUGCCAACACUGACUCUUUGGAGUGGUCUUCUUCAAAAACUUGUGCUGUACGAGAUACCUUGAAGAUCCCAAAGUUGGAAAAGUUUGACUAAUAUGAAGCCGCCCAUCAAAAUUUUACAUAUCAUCUUCGAUAUGUUUAUAGACAUUUUCUUUUUAAUCUUUUGUGUGUCGCAUUUUUAAUUGUCUGUUU